UUUCUAGAGCGUGAAUCUGAUUGUGUUUCUAAAAAAGAGAGAAAGUAGAAAUGGAAGUGGAUCAGAUAAAGGAGGAUGUUGAGAUUGAGAAACCUGACAAUGAGGUGGAGGCAGUUUCAUCCUCGUCCAACGAGGACAGCGACGAGGACGCAGAUGCCGAUGCGGACAUGGAGGAGAGUCCUCGGGGACGCAAGAGUGUUAGCUCUAUAAUCGCUGAGAUGGCCAUAAAGAACGAACAGGAGAUGGCCACCAGCAACAGCAAGGCCAAGACUCAAAAGGAGGACGAACAGAAGAGAUUGGAACUCAGUUGUCUUUCUCCUGGAGCUAUGGCUGUCUAUAUAAGAGAACUGGAAUCGGAACUCUACGAGUUGAGUCAACGUGAGGCAAGAGAAUUAUCGCGCAGCAAACACUUGAGAAUCUUUGGCAACAAUCGACGACGUUCCAGCAAAUAAAAGGGAGAAAGGGAGGAAAAAAGAGAGAGAGAGAUGACAUGUAAAUCUGCUUAGUUUGUGUCCAUUGAUGGCUUGAAUGAUAUCAAAUAAAUGACCAUCAAUGAAAGUGAA